AUGGCGCCUAAGAAGAAGAAGUCCGGCCCUUCGAUCCAUCCGUCCACAUUGAAGGCUCUGCCGCCCGCGGCCACAAGUGCCUCGGAGGCCUCGGAGGCGAGCGAGGACGUGAACGCUGCUGGGGGCGUGACUGGGGCAGGUGGCGCCGUCACCGCUCCCCCCGCGGCCGACACGGGGGCUGGAGAUGUCGGAGGAGAACAGCAUCAGCAGCGCCCUGGUGGUCACAUUCCACAAGGUGCGGGCGAGGGGGUCACUCCGUCUGCACCCUCUCCUCCCACUGACGGGCACAGCCGCAGCAACGGCGCUCGGUCCGGGGCGAACCAUCGCCCUCCGACCGCCCCCACCACGGGAGCAACCAUGGCCCGUGUGUCUCCUCCCGGACGAGCCGACCAGACUAAUGUGCUCAACGGAGCCGCUGACCCUCGAGCACCGCCGUCGCGCGACCCCGCAGCCCAGGUGGUCGUUCCAUAG